AGCGGUUACAUAAUUCGCUAAAACAGCGAUAGCGGCUGGCUAACCUGCUAGCAGUUCCACUGACCGACCGGGGAAAUUAACAGAGAAAUCACCAGGGAUUUUCCACCCGCCUCUCGUGGUUCCCUGCUGGUGGUGUGGACCGGACCGUGCUACACUUCUCAGAGGGUUUGUGUUGGCUGGCCGCCGAACCCCGGGGUUGGAGAGUGACAUCUUGGCUGACUUACUGGAACCUCCGCAGAAGCUGAUCUAGUUUCCAGAGAAGAUCAUGGCUGUUCUGAGAGAACUGUGGUCCAGGAACCUCCUGGCUCUCUGCGUGUCCGCCUACAUCCUGCUCAGCCUGGACGUGCACGCGCGCCCGGCCAACAUGUCGUCCUCCAAGGAUAAAUCUGCGGCCACCAAGGACGAGAACGAGAUCCUGCCGCCGGACCACCUGAACGGGUUAAAGAUGGAGAUGGACGGCCACCUCAACAAGGACUUCCACCAGGAGGUGUUCCUGGGGAAGGAGAUGGAGGAGUUUGACGAGGAUUCGGAGCCAAGGAGGAACAGGAAGAAACUUAUCGAGAUCUUCACCAAAGUUGACGUCAACAAGGACCGAAGUGUGAGCGCUAAGGAGAUGCAGAACUGGAUCGUGGAGAAGACAAAGGAGCACUUCAAGGAGGCCAUGGAGGAGAACAAGAACAGCUUCCGUGCCGUCGACCCGGACGGGGACGGUUACGUGACGUGGGAUGAGUACAAGGUCAAGUUUUUGGCCAGCAAGGGUUUCGAUGAAGCAGACGUCGCUGAAAAAAUUAGGAAGAAGGAGGAGCUGAAACUGGACGAGGACACUCAGGAGGUGAUGGAGAGCCUGAAGGACCGCUGGUUCCAGGCCGAUAACCCUCCCGCGGACCAGAAGUUGGAUGAAGAGGAGUUCCUCUCCUUCCUCCACCCCGAGCACAGCAGAGGCAUGCUCCGAUACAUGGUGAAGGAGAUCGUACGAGACCUGGACCAGGACAGCGACUGGAAACUGACCCUGUCGGAGUUCAUCUCUUUACCCGUGGGCACCGUGGAGAACCAGCAGGGCCAGGACAUUGACGACGACUGGGUCAAGGAGAGGAAGAAGGAGUUUGAGGAGGUCAUCGACUCGAACCACGACGGCAUCGUGACCAUGAACGAACUGGAGGAGUACAUGGACCCGAUGAACGAGCACAACGCUCUGAACGAGGCCAAGCAGAUGAUCGCCGUCGCAGACGAGAACCAGAAUCACCGCCUGGAGCUGGAAGAGAUCCUCCGGUACAGCGAAUACUUCACGGGCAGCAAGCUCAUGGACUACGCCAGAAACGUGCACGAGGAGUUCUGAGCGCCACGUUGACGGACGCCUGUCCACUUACACACACACACAUACACACACACACACACACACACACACACACCUCCUAGGUCUGCUUCAGGGAUACGGGGAUCUGAUCGUCUGCUGUCCAGAUUUAUUCUUAACCUCAUCAACAUGGACUUAUUAUCCACCCAAACACAAAAGAUAACACAGCCUGCCUUUUGUGCACCAUCAGACAGUAAUUUUGGGACUCUUUGUCUUCUCCAAGCUAAUUUCUUAAAUUGUGAAAUGUGUGUAUAUGAUGAAUUUUAGCCCAGACGAUACUGCUCGUUUUUGGCUGGUGCAGCCAUUUAGCCAGCAUGUCUGUAUACAGUGUAAAUAUUCACUUUUGUUGCUGUUUUGUCUUUAGGAGCAGAGUGGCUCAGGUGUGAUAUAGAUGGCUGUUCUCCUUAACAAGUCAUUCCUUUAAUUCAGUUUCUCCAUUUUUCUAGAAUAGAUUUCUGCUGCUCUUCAGCGGAUGGAUUGAAAAACUUCAUAUUCCUAGAAGCUGCAUAUCAUCAAAACCAGUCAUUUACUUGGACUUGUUAAUUGCACAAAGCAUUAAGAAAAUUAAUAUAUAUAUAUAUAUAUAUUUUGAGUAAUUGAUGUUUUGAUGAACGGUAAGGAACGGGCAUCACCGAUAAAUAAACGGCACCUGAAUGCAACACGGCUAUUUUCUGUCAGGUUAAAGAAAGCUUGGAUGUUUUCCUAAUAGCAGCUUGUCGUCUUUGCUUUUAUUCGUGUGGGUGAAGAUGGACUUUAUUUAUUGACCCGUUUAAGUUUGAAUGUUUAAAUGCCUUGCACUUACGGACUGCGGGUGUCUUUGUGUUGAUUCGUCCAUAACUAUACUGGUAGAAAUGUUUGUUUUUAAAUGCAUGGAGAAAAGAAAUAGUCGAUCAACGUGGAGCGUUCGGGAUCCUGCUGCUGGCUGCGCCGUCCUCGGUCCGAUUUGUAAAAUAAGAUUUAUAAUAACCGAAUGUGACAGCUUUCUAAAAUGUGCGACAAACAAAACAAUAAACGUUUCUUAUCAACUGAAACGAAACUGAA